AAGAAGACCAACACCCAGGUUCAGUCAGGGGCUUGGAGUUAAAGUAGGCUGUGUCUUUCGGUCACCGGAGGUAAACAAGGCACCAGCUGUAAACCAUCUCAAGUAAACACCUUGCAGCUGUAGAUAAACACCAGACUUUACAAUAACAUUAAAGCUUCGUUCCGAUGGCGUCAGAAACACAUUAGAAAACUAGAGGAACUGUAGUCUUCACCCUCUGUUAUCCACUGGAGACAAAUGGUUUCAAGUUAUGGAUCAAGGUGUUGUGGACAGUCCUGUCACCCUUGUCAUCAGGGCACCCAACCAGAAGUACAAUGACCAGACCAUCAACUGUUGCCAGAACUGGACUGUAGAGAAACUCAAAGCACACCUGUCAGAUGUAUACCCAAGCAAACCAAGCUCCAAAGACCAGAGGCUGGUGUAUUCUGGGAAGCUGCUUUUGGAUCACUUUACCUUAAAAGAUGUGCUCAGAAAGCAGGAUGAAUACCAUAUGCUCCAUCUGGUGUGCGCCUCACGAACCCCUCCCAGCUCCCCGAAGCCCCCCCGUAGCCGCAGUAACAAGCCACAGGAGAAUUCAGCCGGUCCCACGCCCCUUCAGAACUCUGCUGCUCCAUCCACUGGUCAACGCAGCCAGUCAUCCACAGGAGAGAGCAGUGAUGGACUAGGACAGCGAACUGGACCUUUGCCUUACCACCAGAUGUAUCCGCAAUUUAUGCACAGCUGGAAUCAUUACUCCCCACAGUCAACUCCUCCCACAACCAUGCCCACUUAUUACAACCCCAUGACACUAAUGUGGUGGCAGCAGUUGUACGCCCAGCAGUAUUACAUGCAUUAUCAGUUACUGGCUGCCUCCUCUCAACACCUCAGGCCAGACCAGCCCUCAACUCACUCUAACCAGGCUGACCCGCUGAGCCAGAGGCCUCAGGCAGAUCGCCACGGCAACCCGGAAGUCCAGAUGAACGCCCAGGGAGGGGAGAUUCUGAACGAGGAAGAGCUGAACCGGGAUUGGCUGGACUGGGUGUACACAUUUUCACGUGCCGCGAUCUUGCUUAGUAUAGUCUACUUCUACUCCUCCUUCAGCCGGUUUGUCAUGGUGAUAAUGGCUAUGCUGGUGCUUUACCUGCAUCAGGCUGGCUGGUUUCCCUUCAACCUGGAGAAUGAACUCCAGCUUCCUGGAGACAGAGUCAAUGAGGACGAUAUGGAGGGAGAGCCACAAAACCACGACUUACAGGAAACGGAGGGAGCGAUGGAUGAUGGCUCAGACGAUGAUGGGGAAAGUGGGGAGGAAGGAGCAGAAGAUCCAAACAGCGCCCCAAACACAGGCUUUCUGUCCUCCACGUGGUCGUUCAUCAUAACCUUCUUCAUGUCACUGAUCCCAGAGGGACCUCCAGAUGCUGCUAACUGAACCACGAGCUGCCACAGUUCUCCACAAGGGCACAUAGUUUCUUUAAGAGGAGGAAGGAGGAUGAAUCUCCUACUUGCUCUGGAAACUGUUUCCGUUGCAGUACAGUGGUAUAGUUUCCCAGUAGUGUACUUAACUACAUAUCUAAGACUUUGAGCCAAAUACAAGUGACUGAUCCAACCUGAAAAGAGAUCGAUGGUCACUUGAUACGGAAGUUGUUGUGUUUGACUGCACAAAUACAAAAAUUAACACGAACAUUAGUUUAACUGCUAUAAACAAGGAUUGCUUGUGAUUCCUUGUAAAUAUAGUCAAAAUAAUAUUAUUGUCUGCCAGUGCAUUGUUUCUGUAAUUAAUAAAAUAGGGACAGCAGGCACAUUUACAGUAUAAAGAAAAAUAAUGCUUGUAUUUAACAACCUAAAUCUUGUUUUUUUUUCUUUGUAAGAAGUUGCAGUCUUUGUUGAAAUGGUUCUGUUGGAAUUUUAAUGAUUUUUUGUAAUGGUGGACGUAUCCAAAUAAGAAAUCUUAUUUUAAAUGGGCCACCUUAGUCCAAAAGCUGAACUACAGUGAAUAAUCCUGAGACAUGUAGUGCUUGUGAUGAUUGAUGUGAGUGAUUUUGGCCUGAGAGUUUAUAAAAUGUGUCUGAACACAUUGUGUACUGUGUUGGAAGUACAUAUAGCUGUGAUGUUUGCUAGAGAUUGGGAUUUUUACUUAAGUGAAACAAUGUACCACUAACUCUUUGACAGCCUGAAAGAACUGAGUGAAGAACUGAUUUUCCACAGUUUAAUGGAAUAUCAAACAGGAAUGUUGUUGGGAUUGAAGUCAUGUGGCACACAGCGACAAGAGACACUUUAAAAUUUCCUACUGUUACAUAAAGCACUGCCAGAAUUCAGAGUUGGUGCAGGACAAAACUUACACCUCUUGAGUGUGUGAAAAUGGCUGCUGUUACCUUCGACAUGUUGUGUACCAAUGAUAUUAAACCUUCAGUUAUUUUCAU